UGAUUUUGUUUCGAUUUAUGAUAAAUACACCCAACUUCACCUAAAGUCUGAGUCGGAAAAUUGAAAUUUGCCUUUUAUAUUUCACGCUCCGAUACUGUAGGUGGCGAUGAUACACCACCUCGUCAGGUGCGAUCUACAAAAAAAAAAAAAAAUUCCAACAAGAAGAAGAAACCAACAAAACGUAGAAACUAAGAAAUUGUCAGCUAGUGAUGGAAGUUAACUAUUCAUUAAAAGAGCACCUCGACAAAGACAUCGAGCUGACAGCCAAGGAGACCGCCCGGACAGUCCUGCGAGGAUUAGCGGAACUCCACUCGAAAAGCGAGGAGCAGAAAAAUGGAGACCUGGGGGGAGGCGCAUUGGAUUACUAUAAAGUGUCCCUCAUAGUAGAGGAGGCGGUGAAGGAGACAGCUCAGAUCUUCAUGUCCGACUUUGUAGAUUUUGUAUUGAAGCGAUUUACAGAUUUCCAAUUCAAGAUAUGUGAACAUAAAAAGGAAAUCCACAGUCUGAAGCAGCGGCUAGAGUUGGCUGGAGAUGAGCGAGUAGCAGCGAGGACACGCACGAGCCGUAAAGUGCAGACAGUCGCACGAAACUCUGCGAGACACGGCGAUCCACUUAAUCAACAACAUGGGGAUCGUAGAACUGGGAACUGCGAACCCAGCUAUCAAUUUGCUGGGCACAGAAAAGAGCCGAUCAUAUAUGCAUUAGCCAGCUCAGCUCGUGUUAGAUCGGCUGCUCCGGCUUCAUUUCAAAAUCUCGAAUCAAUAGAAAUCAGCGCCAGAAGGACGAAGAGGGACAGUCGAGGAGCUCCUGGACCCUCUUUCCAAAUUCCAGAUGGAAAGGCUCACUAUGGCCUUUGCCUCCUCGAUGUAGAACAAGAAGCUGUGAAAGAAGCUGCAGGUGCUGACUCUGUAAAAAUUGAAGGAUUGGCCAUUGGGCAAAGGUCUGAUCAUUGGGGAGACACUCAAGUGGACCUGGGUUUGAGUUCAGUUUAUGUCAGGGAUCAGGGGUUUUUGACUAAUAAGGAGUUAACCAGUGUUAAAAAAGAGCUUUCUGAGGUUGACAUUUACUCUGUAAGUCAAAGUGAGAUGCUCCCUGAACAGUCUGUACAAAAAAAUGUAUUUAUCCUGCAUAAGGUUGAGGAGAAUCAUCUAGGUGUAAAGGGGAGCAAUAUAUUCUCAACCCAGGAUAAACUAGUCCAUGAUGUUCAUGUAAAUUGUGAGACAGUAGGGAAGAAUUUCAUCCAUGGAAAAAGCAGGGAAAAUAUUCAACAAGUCGAUGGCAUAAGCACUCAUAACAAAAGCUCAGAGUUACUCUGUGAAUUACACCAGUUCCAGAGAAUUUACACAGGUGACAAAGAAUGCCAUUGUAGUGGAGACCCUAAGACUUUUGGUCAUCUUGCAGACCUUAAACAGAAUGAAAAGGUCUACUCAGGAGAUAAACCAUUUCCAUCUACUAAAUGUGAAAAGACAUUCCCCUUCAGUGUAUUGGUCAAUCAGCAUGAGAGAAUUCAUGUAAGUGAAGAGCCAUACCGGUGGAAUGAGGAUGGAGAGUGUUUCAGGCAGCCUACUCACCGAAAACAGCACCAGAGAAUGGAUACAGUAGAAAAAACAGACAAAAGUGUGGAAUGUGGGAAACGCUUCAUUCAAGGCAACAAUCUUGUGUGCCAACAGAGAAUUUACCAGAGAGAAAAGCCAUCCCCAUGUCCUGAAAGCAAAAAGACUUUCAUCUUGAGUGAAAACCUCGAGCUCCACCAGAUUAUUCACAGAGAAGAAAACACAACAGGAUGUACUGAAUGUGUCAAGAGUUUCAGUGACGCUGGAGGCCAUAAUCAAAUUCAGAGUCUUCAUGGAACUUCCAGAAAGCCAGCAAAGUGUAAACACCAGCCAAGGAUUCAAAAGGGAGAGAAAGUGAAUCAGUGUAUGGAAUGUGGGAGGACUUUUACCCGAGCUACAAGCCUUAAGUGUCAUCAGAUACUUCACAGAGGAGAAAAACCAUACCAAUGUACCAUUUGUUGGAAAGCUUUCAGUCAUGGUUGGGUUCUUAAACGUCAUCAAAGGAUUCACACAGGGGAAAAACCUUACCAGUGUCCUGUAUGCAGAAGGGCUUUCAAUCUGGCUGAUAAUCUUAAACGACAUCAGAGAAUACACAUUGGUGAACGGCCCUACCAAUGUUCUGAAUGUGGAAAGUCGUUCACUCUGGCUGACCACCUUAAACGUCACAAGAAUAUUCAUAUGAGAGAAAAACGUCACCAGAAGACUCACAAAGGAGAACAGCCCUACCAAUGUGACGAAUGCUGGCAAAGAUUCAGUCUACUUAAAAGCCUCAAAUGCCACCAAACAAUUCACAUGGGUGACAAAUUGUACUUGUGUGCUCAAAGAGCUCCAGGCAGUCAUCAUGAGGUUCACACAGAACAAACACCAUUUUGAUGAUGAUGAUGAUGAACGCAUUCAAAGAAUUCUGUUUUAAAAGAUUACCUUUUACCAGGAAUUCGGACAAGAAAUAUUUUGUGGAUGGUUUUGUGAAAUGGUCUCUCCCUUUUCAUUAUUUUCAAUAGAAACUCAGAAUAGAGAUGUAUGGCUCAACUAAAAGAAAGUGAUCUGUAAUUGCUGUGGAAGUUUAGCUGCAUGUGAGUAACAAAAUCAGACUUUGCUGAGUUGACCAUUUUAUUAUUUAGUUUUAGUAUGAAUUUUGCUAGGAAUAUUUCCAUUGCCAAUGGGUUAGGCCCAAGGCUCCAGAGACCUUUGAAUUUAAUAAAGCUGGUUUGAGAAUAAGAAAAGAUUCACACGUUAAAAAAUAACAAAUUAUGGUACUAAUAAUGCUAAAUAGAUAAACAGAAUUGAAAACAAUUAAAAAUAAAGACAUUGUAAGUGUUUUUAUACACCACAAUCUUAAUCUGUAGUCUUCCUGCCCAGCAGAUCAGCAAAUUGCCAGAUUACCUUCUACUUGCUUGCCUAUUAUGCCUACAGUACCCUGCAUCCUCCUAUGUCCUGGUCUUGUUGAUAAACAGAAAACUUAGAAAGUACAAUGUUUUCUUUUUAAUCAGUUAAUAAAUAGUUAACAUCAAGAGUGAUAGAAGUUGGCCAGCCUGUUUAUUAAAGACAAUCAUUGUGUAAAGCUGGGGAAAUAAGAAUUGAACGUGUCAUUAUUUUACCCAUUAAAUUAAUUUCCAAUACUAAUGACACACCCAAAAAAAUCGUAACAUUCCAACCACAAUUCAUAAAAAAACUCAAUUGCAAUAAAGUGGGGAAAAACGUAUUGAAGUUGCUAACUGAAAUGUAUUCUGUACUUGGUGGAGAAGCCUGUGUUUGCUAUCACAGCUUCAAGAUGCUUUCUGUACAAAAAGAUGGGUCCUUCCAAGUGUUCAGUUGGGAUUUUGGCCCUUUCUUCUUUAAAUCUUGAAGUGUCUGGGGUGCCUGCUGGUGAAUCGUGAUCUUCAGUUCCUUCCACAAAUGUUCUAUUGGAUUUAAGUCUGUACUUGAUGGAAGAACAGUGUCCCUGCAAAAUUUAACAUACCCAAUAAUGCAUUCAAUAAGUCCAUAGCCAUACUGUUCAUAGA